UUUUUUUUUUUUAGUAGUGGCUUAGAAAUCCCCUGUUUUUUCCUUUUUAUUAUAUGGGUGUCUUGCCUUAAGUUGGCUUAGAAAUCCCCUUCUAGUUAGAAUCCGCUUUGAGGUUUUUUUUUUUUUGCUUGUGUUUAUUUGUUUUGUGCUGUUGUUUAGGCUUAAUUUUUGUUGUUGGGAUAAUAUUUAUAGCUUUUAAAAAUAUCAAUAAUAUUGUUGAAAGGGACAAAGAGCAAUUUUAUUGAAACAAAUUGAUAAAAAUAAUAGAUUAUAUAUAUAUUAAAAAAAAUUUAAAAAAAAUCUGGGGGGGCCACUUCCAAUUACGAAAAGUAAUUGGAGAUCUCAGAUUCUCUCUCUCACAAUAGUCAAAACCCUUAAACCCUAAAUUGAUUUCUGCCGUUUAUUAUUAUUAUUAUAUUUUAAAGUGUUAUAAAAAACAGUGUUAUAAAAACCCGCCACCGACUGCUGUGUCAUAAAAAAAAUAGAUUUGAAAGUCUCCUUCAGUCGCGCCAGAACUCUGUUAUCUCUAAUCUCAUCCCUCUGCUAUCUCCCCGAAAUCCCCAGACCGAAACCGAAAUCCCCAGCCCUCUGUUCACUCUCCCUUACUCAAGCUCAAAAAAAGCGGCUUUGUCUACUUCAUCCUCCUUCUCAUAUCGAUGGAAAACACGUUUGAAAUUUGUCUUUGUGGCAAAGGAGAAGACAAUUUUGGUUAUGAUGAUGACAUUAAGUUUUAUGUCAUCAAGGUUCCAUACGCUGGUUCUUCUUCUUCUUCUUCAACAGUGAGAAAGAAAAAGGAAGAGAAAAAGGUGGAGCAUCUCAUACCCGUCUCGAUACAAACGGCACAGACAUGCAAUCACUUUGCUGUGUUAGAUGGCAAGCUUUAUUUUGUUGCCAACGAUCUUUCCUCGGAUGCUCCGGUCAGAACGUCUGAAGAUUCGUUAUGUCGUGAGGUGUGGACCUUGGACCUUGCGCACGCUGAGGAGGGAUGGAGUCGUGCACCUCGGUUGAAAACUGGGAGAUGCAACCCGCAUACCAUCGUUCUAGGUGGUAAACUGUAUGUUUUAGGUGGUUUUGACCUAAAAAAGAAUCUGCACAAUCGUUUUCACUGGAUGGAGGUUUUUGACCCACUAAAAAGAAAAUGGGAACCCUUGCCAAAUCCUAGAUUUAGCAUUAGGUCGGAUCUUGUGUUUACUGCAUCUCUAGAGGAUGAGGAUGAUCAAAAGAUUCUUGUUGCUACAAUGUCACCUGGUUGUGAGAUUGCUCAAAUCUAUGGUUAUGAUGUUGCAGCAUGUCAUUGGAAAAAACUUCUAGCUGAUUGUAAGAUGGGUUUUCAUGAGAGGGUUGCAAGACCAGUAAGAUCAAUUGAAAUGGAUUACUUUGAUUUUGGCAGUUUUGUUACUGCUGGUAGCACCCUAUAUUGGGCUUCUAAUCGGAUGGAGGAUGACUAUAUUUGCCGUAUUAAUGCAUUUGAUUUAGUCAAUCAAAAACAUUAUGAAGAAAGCCUGCACACUGAUCGUAUUUUUGGGAGGCAAGAACGAUUGAUCUCUGUACGUCCAGAUCUUCUCAAUCUGCCUGAUGGGAAUUUUUGCCUUAUCUUGCAGUCAAUGAGGAGAAAGAUGAUGAAGAAGAGUAGGAGAUUUCUUUAUUCUCAUUAUAUAUAUUGUGUAGUGCUUAAGGUGGACAAGGAAGAGGAAGAGGAAGAGGAAGAAGAAGAAGAAGAAGAAGAGGAAGAAGAAGAAGAGGAUGAUGAUGUUUGCAAACAUGGGUUGAGAGUUUCCAUUCUGUCAGUCCAUAAGUAUUCCGUGGAUGACUGGAUACCCCUUCUUGAAAGUGUGUUAGUGGAUAAAGGAUCUUAUACAUCAAAGAAGAAGAAACUGAAGUCAUCAAAUGAGUGGCCUUUAAGGGCCUGCAACCUAUUGGAAAAUUAAGGGAAAAAAAACAGGGAUGAGAAGAGUUGUUUCUGCAGAGGUUGUAUAGAUCGUCAUUAUCUGAGCUUUAGGGUUUAUUUUGACUUUUCUAUUAUAUUUUGCCUAUAUUUAAAAGCUUUGUAAGGUUACACUCUAAUGAAGUAGAAAGCUAUUUUUAUUUAGAGGUUAGUAAAACUAAAUAUGUUUGCAGGGUGCAGUAUUUUGGAUGAAAUAUACUUGUUCACCUUGUUUUUACUAA